AUGGGCGAUAGAAGCGGGGUGGGGGGAGAAGAGGGUGAAAAGAGUGUGCUCGGGGCUAGCGCACACAGUCAAGCUGGCAGGAGGCAGCAGCACACGCCCGCAGCUAGAAGAGGCGCACAGAGAGCACCAGCAGCAACAGCAGCAGCAGCAUCCAGGCCAGUGUUUGCAAUGAGAUGGUGCUGCGGUGGGUCGUAUUCUGAGAAUGGUGGUGGUGGAGGUGGAUCGCGUGGUGCUCCACCAACACCUCUGCUAACUGUCGCCGCAACGAGCAGCUCCACGGCACAUGACACGUUUGGGCCGAUGCAAGUGAAGAUGCUGAAAACUGCUGUGAUCGUGACGGAAGGCACCGGCGAGAGUGUGCUCCUCGACUCGUUACGGGCAUCCGGAUGGAUUUGUACAGUAUCAUUUCCAACACAGGCAACAUCCGACGUUGAAUCAAUAUGCCCUUUAGCUGUAUUCAUAGAUCUUCGAGUACCUCAUCCAUCGCAAAUCGCCAAAGACGUCUCAUCGGUGAGCACAGAGGAGGUGUUGAUUGUGUCGAUCGCCGAGAAACACAUCAGCGAAAAGCGACGGAGAGCUCUUGCGCAGUCCAACAUCAUUCAUCAUGUGACGUGGAAUACGCGUGACGUGGUGCUCUUCGACUACGUCGGGCGGCUCGCGAAUCGGAUCCGCGCGCUGCCCGCCCUUUUCGCCGUCUUGGAUGAGACGGAUCAAGCAGUGGAAAUAUGUGAUGAGCAACGAGUAGUGCAGUACGUUAACCGCGCCUACGAGAACGUGACGGGAUGCAUACGAUCCGAGGUGAUCGGACAACCCGAAUCGGAAAUGCGACGAAAGUCCCUGCCGAGGGCACGUGGCGAAGAGGAGCGGCGGCGGAGUUGCGACUGGAAAUUUAUACGGGUCCCGUUUGCUAACAAUAGUCAAUUCGUGUAUAUGAAACGCUCAAACACCACCGGUGACACCGCCGCAAUCUUCCGCGACGUCUCCCUGAAAAGCCUGAAAUCGCAGACGGGCGGCAUCGAGGCGCCCAUCUCCGAGGUGCUCACAAUGCUCCGAGACGUGUCGGCACGGGUCGACGGAGAACCGGCACAAACGAUAAAGGACGCGAUGAAGGUGCUGUCGUCGCACGAGCUGUACGCGCCGUCGAUCAAUCGAUUCCGCGACGCCGAUCGGAUAGCAACUCAAUAUUACGAUGGUCUCAUUCGCCUCCAUCAUCCAGCUAGGCAGCGAAAGCGAAGCGUCGUCGACGCGCAUCGAGAGAAGCGAGGAUCCCAUGGAGAACGUCGGCGGGUAUCUGCUGACGUGAAGAACGCGCUGGAAAACGACAAUUGCUGGAAAUUCGACAUCCUUCAUCUGGAAAAGGUGUCGGAUCACCACGCUCUUUCCCAAGUCGGAAUGAAAGUCUUCGAGAGGUGGAAGGUUUGCGAUGUGCUCGGCUGCUCCGACGAUCUCCUCCACCGUUGGAUUCUAUCCAUCGAGGCUCAUUACCAUGCGGGAAACACGUAUCACAACGCAACUCACGCAGCCGACGUCCUACAGGCCACCUCAUUCUUCCUGGACUCCCCGUCGGUCGCCGUGCACGUGAAUGAAAGUCAUGCGGUGGCGGCUCUUCUCGCAGCGGCGGUGCAUGAUCUAGACCAUCCUGGAAGAGGAAACGCGUACCUGAUCAAUACGCGACAGUCGCUUGCAAUACUUUACAAUGAUAACUCGAUCCUGGAGAAUCAUCACAUCGCACUAGCCUUUCAGCUAACCCUUCAGCACAACGCCAACGUGAACAUCUUCUCGAGUCUGUCGCGCGAGGAGUUCAUCCAAAUGCGACAUGCGAUGGUGGAGAUGGUGUUGGCUACGGACAUCAGUCGACACUUUGAGUACCUCGCCAAGUUCAACAAGAUGCAUGUGACAGAUGUGCCGGAGGAGCAACGUGACACGAAUUCACUUACGAUAUGUGAUAUGCUUGUCAAGUGCGCCGACAUCUCCAAUCCGGCGAGAGAGUGGGGAUUGUGUCAGCGAUGGGCGCAUCGGAUUGUUGAGGAGUACUUUGAACAGACUCGAGAAGAAAAAGAGAAAGGGCUGCCUGUGACGAUGGAGGUAUUCGAUCGGAACACGUGUAACGUUCCGAUCACACAAUGCGGUUUUAUUGACAUGUUCGCCCGCGAAGCAUUCGCCACAUUCACCGAGUUCGCCAAGCUCGGCGAGCUCUCCGAUCAGCUCGAGUCGAACUACGAAAAGUGGAAGGUGAUGACGUCACAGUGGACGCCCACGCACAACACUAAUCUGGUGCUUUAGACCCCGUUUUCUAUGGAAUUUUCUGGAAUUUCUUGUUGUUUUUUUUUGCAAUUUUGCUCAUUCCCGUUUCAUCAUCUCUUUCUUUCCACGCCCUCACCGAUUCUAAACGGGAUUAUCGAUUUUUGCACGGGGUUCUGAGGACUUCUGGCCCUUAAUUUUUCGCGCUCCAUUGACAAUCGCGCGCCGGGAAAGUCGUGUACUUCACACGGACAAAUACAUUUAGUUUUACAACUAAAAUUGAGCCGCGACGCGACACGCAACGCGCCGUAAAUCUACCCCAGUUAUGACCUGGUGGCCUAGUUCGGCAAAAACUCUUCCAUUUAUGAGGGAAGGCCAGAACCCCGUGCGCCGCCAAAAAAUCGAUAAUUUCGUCAAUUUUUCAAUCAAUCUUGCCGGUCCGUCCCUACCGAUUCGUUUUUUUUUGCAAUUUUUUUCCCAAAAAUUCUCCUUCAAAACCUCGGCUUUACCCAUAACCAUUCCUGUUUUGCUAGUCUUUUCAGAAAAAUUUUUUUUGGCUUUAAAAUAUUGAUUUUUUCUUUUUUUUUUCUUCUUCCUUCUUCCCUAUCAAUUUCCUCUCCCACCACAGCGCAUUUCUUGCCGGCCUUUGCCACGUGGCCGUGAAAAACCUCGGCCACGUGGCAAAAACGUAUCUAAAUUUACCGUUUCUUCUAAUUUAUUUUAAUUUUUGUUUUGUUGAACAAGAAAAAGGACGAUUAUAACACAAAA